AUGAGAGAUCCCCAAGAGCUUUGGAAGUCCCUUAAGGAUCGUUUCGAUCAUCAAAAGGACAUAACACUUCCACUUGCUCGGGAUGAGUGGCAAAAUCUGAGGUUUCAAGCUGAGAAAAAUAAUGAGCUCCUUAUUAAGAAUCACAUGACACAACCUACUGGAUCUAAAGCGUUCCUUGAAGCAAACGCAUUGGAUGUUAAGAAUCCAGUUAAAGAGAACAAAGCAUCUCGAGGACGUGGCGGUCGAAAUUACCGCGGACGUGGGAGAAACUACAGCCCACAGAAUAAGAAGUCAUUCCAGUGGACUCGUUCUGAACAAUCCCCGAAGGGAAAAGAACACCAAGGAAGUACCUCACAGAAGCGAGAGGAUGCUUGUUUCCGAUGCGGUACCAAGGGACAUUGGUCUCGUGUGUGUCGUACUCCUGCACAUCUUUGUACAUUGUACAAAGAAUUCGCCAAAGGCAAGGGAAAGGAAGUCAAUCUUGCGGAGCAUUCUGAGGGUACAACGCACCUCGAUGCAUCUGACUUUGCAGAUGAUUUUGACGAUACCGCCCUUACGAAAGCCUGA